CAUACAGCCCACAACUCUAUUUAUUGUGUUGUGAAGCUUCAUUCAUCAUCUCUCUUACACGGCACUAAGAAACUUAAGAAAGAAGAUGUUGCACUGUCUCAACAGUAACGCUUCGGGCUCCGAGAUGACAGUGCUAGAAAGGCAAAGGGCAACGAUCAAGUGGCAACACAACAACAAUCAUCACCAAGGAUACUCCUCUUCUUCUUCACCUUCACCAUCUUCAUCUUCUUCAAUCUCACUUGUUCAAGUUCAGAGCAGCUCUCCUACUUGCCUUGCUGCUGGAGCGUGGCCCAAACUCGACAACAACUUUCUCAUGGGAUUCACCUCUUCUCCUUCUUCUGGAUUCCCGCUACCUCCUCCUCCUCCUCCUACAACUUCUGCUGCUUCUUUUGAUCUAAAUUCCGCAAUCUCAAGGACUUCCAGCUGUCCACUGCCUUCUCUUGCAGAGGGGAAAGAGACUACUACUCCCAAUAACAAGAGAAAAACUGACAAGUUUCACAACACCAAGGUUGUUGCUUCAGAUAAUGAUAACAAGGACAAGAGGGUCAAAGUGGCUGCUCCCAAUGACUCAGCAACCGUAGGCAAGAAAGGCACACAAGCUUGUGGAGAUAAUUCCAACAAGGAUAAUUCAAAAGUUUCUGAGGUUCAGAAUCAGAAGCCAGAUUACAUUCAUGUCCGAGCACGCCGGGGCCAAGCCACUGAUAGCCAUAGCUUAGCUGAAAGAGUUAGAAGGGAAAAAAUCAGCGAGAGAAUGAAGUUCUUGCAGGAUUUAGUGCCCGGUUGCAACAAGAUUACUGGAAAAGCUGGAAUGCUUGAUGAAAUCAUCAACUAUGUCCAGUCCCUUCAACGACAAGUUGAGUUCUUGUCAAUGAAAUUAGCUGCUGUGAACCCAAGACUUGACUUCAACAUGGAUGAUCUCUUUACCAGAGAGGUGUUUCCUGCAUGUGCUGCAAGUUUUCCUGCUAUAGAAAUGUCACCAAACAUGGCUAACACUGCCUCUUAUCUUCACUUCAAUUCAUCACAACAAAUAGAUGCAGGGAUAAACCCUCAAGAUAUCAGUCUCCGAAGGACCAUUAGUGCCCCAGUAUCCGCGCCAGAAACCUUUCUUGAUUCGUCUUGUUUCACUCAAACUCUGCCCUCCUCAACUUGGGAAGGUGAUUUUCAAAACCUUUACAGUGUGGCUUUUGAUCAAGCAAGAGCAGCAUCCUUUCCUUCUCAGCUAUUCACAGGUCUACUUGAACCGAGCAAUCUAAAGAUGGAGAUGGAGAUGGAGAUGUAGACCUCCAAUUACUGUUGGAUGGAUUAGAUUACUAAAAAGGGCCUAUUAUCAAGAUUCUUUUUCUUUGCAAGUACAUAACAUAUAUUGUUUGUAGACUGCUACAAUAGUAUAAAUAAAUAAAAUCUUAAUAUUAAUACCUUUUUUAAGUU